GUCUAUGGUGUGUGUCCAUUGUUUUUCUACAAUGUUAUUUUUCUGACUGCUGCUGGUGGACGAAAAUUUUGGUCUCGCUGCGUCGUGUGUGACUUUGUGAUAGUGUUCGUGCCCGAUAUUGUGAUUUAUUCGAAAUAGAUCACGAAGAUGUCGUCGCCGAGCGCUGGGAAACGCCGUAUGGACACAGAUGUCAUUAAACUCAUUGAAAGUAAGCACGAGGUGACCAUUCUGGGCGGGCUCAACGAGUUCUGUGUCAAAUUCUUCGGGCCUCCGGGCACCCCGUACGAGGGGGGCGUGUGGCGAGUGAGAGUGCACCUCCCCGACCACUACCCCUUCAAGUCGCCGUCCAUCGGGUUCAUGAACAAAGUCUACCACCCCAACAUCGAUGAGGUGUCCGGGACUGUCUGUCUGGACGUCAUCAACCAGGCCUGGACCGCGCUUUAUGACCUGUCGAACAUAUUCGAGUCGUUCCUGCCGCAGCUGCUGACGUACCCCAACCCGAUCGACCCGCUCAACGGCGACGCGGCCGCUAUGUACCUGCACAAGCCUGAGGAGUACAAGAAGAAGGUUUCAGACUACGUCCGGAGAUUCGCGACCGAAGAAGCGCUGCUAGAAAAGGACGCGAUAACAGGCAUGGGGGGCGCAGCACCCACGUCCUCCUCGAAAGCCUCCAACGGCACCGCCAACAACAACGCCUCAGAUACAGAGAGCUCUAUGAGCGACUUCAGCGACGACGAAGCGCAAGAUAUGGAGUUAUAACGUAAGUUAGAACGCACAGUUGCUUGCUCACUCAACACUGCCGUUGUAUAGUGCCGAUGGCUAGGACCGUUUGACUGAUAAAUUUCAAGUAAUUCGAUUUUUGUAACGCUUUUUCGAUUGUGAGAUCCGUCGCGGUUGGUUACAGUUUGACAUAUUCGGUAGCACGCUGCGAAACUGAAAUUGACAAUCAGUAGGCCUAGGAUGCGCGCCGUGAUAAGCUUUUAUCGAUUUUACGCGAUAAGCCCAUACGUUUGUCGCCUAAAAUCAUCGAUAACAUUUUGUCACGGCGCGCAUCCUAGCUCGGCAGAAGAUGUGUGUUGAAAGUUUCAAUGUAGGACUAGGAUGCGCACCGCGGUAAAAUCUUAUCGAGGCGAUUUAAGACGAAUUUGAGCCAUCUAAAAUCGAUAUAAUAUGAUAAGAUUUUCUCGAAGUGCACAUCCUAGCCUGUCUGGUUUCGCUGCGAAGAUAGCUACAGACGGUGCUGGACGUCCAUUGCGUUAAUAAUGUACACUACACGACAGCAUUAUCUAUUGACACUGGUGUCUUAAACAGCCGUAAUAGGAAUGAUUUGUAACAAAAUGUGUAGCUAAUGUCAAAUUGAAAUCAACCGUGAUUGUGUCAAACAGUUAGGCCUCUGAUCUGAAUGUUCUCUUGAUCUUUCAUUUAUUAUGCCCUGAUGUUUAUGAAUUGGCUGCGGGAUGCGGAUUUAAAGAUUAGCUCACAAAUGUCUUCGCCUUCCUUCUACUACUGCAUAUAUUUGAAUUAAUGUGUCGUCAACAUCUUUCUGCACCGCGUUGAUUU